UCCUGUCUUAGACAGCUGCCUGACUAUCCCGUAGUCUCUGCGUGCAGUUCUAGAGCUCACAAACAAAAAUGGCUAACAGGAUUUCUGUUUGUUUGAUUUUCAUUUUUGUCGCGUCAGUCCUUGGCGAAUGUCCUAACGGUUAUACCAGACACGACGACUCCUGCUACAAGUUUUUCUCCAGCGUCCUUGCCACCUGGGCAGAAUCUUUGACCUAUUGCGAACUGUUUGAAAGCAAAUUGGCUGUUAUCGAGACAGAACGGGAGCAGACUUUCAUUGAAGGGUUACUCAGAAGAGAAUGGCACCCGGCCGCAUCGGAUGGCGUGUGGGUUGAUGGGACAGACCUACUAAUAGAAGGAGAAUGGAUAUGGGCGGACGACGGGACACCAAUUAAGUCACAGACGUUCCAAAAAUGGUAUCCGGGAGAACCAAACAGUUUAGGAAAACGCGGAGAAGAUUGUAUGGACCUCCUUCACCAUGAGAAGUACAACUGGAAUGAUAACUCGUGUGAACGGAAACAGAACUUCCUCUGUGAAAUAGAGACUGAGGGCACUUCCGGUAGCGGAGGUGUAAACACCGGUGGCAUUAUCGGAAGGUAGAUUUCAUGUGGAGUAUGUGCAAUUUGUUCUGUAAAUAAACGUUUUAAUGUAAACGG